CCUUUCAGACCCAACAUCAACAUGUGUUGAUAAUAUUUAUAUUUUGAUUCAUUCAUACGAUGAUAACAAAAAAAAAAAAAAAAAACAAUGAAGCAGUGAUGCAUCUUCGUCUUCUUAUGCUCUCUGCAACCCUUCAAGCCGGCCUAACCUAAACCCAUUUUACACUCUCAUUUUCUCCUCUUUCUCCAUUUUCUUAUUAGCACAUCACAGUUACAAUUCCCUCAAAGAAAAAUAAAAAAUAAAAAAACCCUAAAAAAUUUCUCCUUUUGAUCCAUCUGGGUGCACCCUCAAGAGUCAUCAAUCUUCUGGAUCGCUCCAAGGUUGUCAUCUUUUUUAUUUUUGACGAAAGUGGGUCGUUCAUAGAAACGUGGUUUCGAUCUGGGUUUGAUUCAAUUUGGGGUUUCUGGGGUUGUUAUUGAAAUGGUCUAUUUCCAUAGCUCAAUCUCUCCCUGCAACUCCACCGUUGACCAAACACCUUCAAUGGCGAAUUCCCUCGAUUUCGGCUCGAUUCCGAAAUCGAGGACUCGGAAGACACCCAAUUCUUCCCUUCAGGUUCCGCCGUGCCGGCGAUCUCGAUCGGCUGUGGUGGAUGUGGUGAUUUUCGCGGCGGUUGUUGCCGCCUUCGGGUUCUUGUUGUUCCCCUAUGUUCAGGUUGUGGCGAGUGGAAGUGUGAAGAUUGGUGGUGUGAUCGUGAAUUUGGUGAAGGAAGAGGUUUUUGUUGCUCCUUGGGUGUACUUGUUCAUUGGUGUGAGUGUUACCUUUGCUGCAUUGACUGUGUGGAUUAUUGUGGUUUGCACAACAAGGAAAUGUGGGAAUCCCAAUUGCAAGGGUCUAAGAAAGGCUGCAGAGUUUGAUAUUCAGUUGGAGACUGAGGAUUGUGUCAAGAAUUCACCUUCAUUGCCUAAGGAUGGUGGAGUUAAGAAGGGAUUGUUUAAGCUUCCCUGUGAUCAUCACCGCGAACUCGAAUCUGAGCUCAAGAAGAUGGCACCCCCCAAUGGAAGGGCUGUUCUUGUUCUCAGAGCAAGGUGUGGUUGUUCUGUUGGUAGGUUGGAAGUUCCAGGGCCGAAAAAGAAUCGGAAGAUCAAGAAGUAGGAUACAGAAAAGAAAACAAGACUCUUUAAGUUAUAGGGAGGAGAGGAUAAUUGAAUACAGAAUAUAAUCUUAAGUGGGCAGAGGAGGUACUUAUAGUUACAUGGUCAUAUUCUAUUAUUUAGACUUAGAUUGUCUUUUAAAUAAGCCCCACCUUGGUAAUAAGUUGUACUAAACUAUGAAUCAUACAGUUUGGUUAUUUAUACCUGGAAUAUAAGAAUCCUUUAA